AUGGAAAAAUCAGAAUUAAAAGAGUAUUUUAUAAAGAAAAACGAUUUACUUUUAAAAUUAGAUAUUCAAUCAAUAGAAAUAGCUGGUUCUAUACUUUUACAAAAGACUAUAGAGAUUGAGAUAAGUGAAUUUACUAUUUCUGUUUUAGAGUUUUUUACUAAAUUUAAUGAAUCAUCAUAUAAAAUACAAAAUAACAGAGUUUUAUUCAAACCAGGACCAUUAAACAAAACAAAUAGCAAAGUUAUUUUGAACAAUGAUUUCUUAAUUCCAAUACUUAGAGUAUUGUUAUUAAUUGGUCAUGCUUUUAAAAAUAAUUUAAAUGUGAGAAUAGAAAAUGUGAUUACAAAUGAUCUUGAAUCAAUUGACAUGUAUCAAACAGCAUUCUGGUUACUAUUUAAAAACUUUAACAUUCAGGGAUAUAACUUACAGAUAAUAAGAAGAGCUUUUUAUAAAAAUGAUAUAAAUGAAGUUAAUGGAGGAAUAAUCAAUCUAAGAAUUAAAAAACAUUCUACUGAAAUAGAAAGUAAAAAAUAUGAAUCUAAAACUGUAUUAAACAAAAUAAGAACUAUAUUAGUAUCCAGUAGACUUAAUUCAGAAUUUAUUAAAAGAAUGACUGAUGUUGUUUUACCAUCAAUGAGACAGUUAUCAAAAAAUGCUAAAGUCUUUUCUCAGUGCUGUAAUAAAUUAGAUUCAGGUUUAUGUCCUGGAUAUGAAUGUAAUGUUUAUUGUGAAUCAAGGGAAGGGGUUUUUUAUGAAACACUUAACUAUAAUUCAGUUAAAAAUUUUUAUAAAAGUAUAAAUUAUACUCCAGAAAAUAUAGCAAACUUUUCAUUUUUAAAUAUGAUGAAUAGUGCAUCAAAACAAUAUAUCUUUGAUAGAAAAUUAUACUUUGCAUAUUUAUUUUAUAUGGGGUUAGGUAGUGGUUUAAGUACGUUUAUACUUAGAGAAAUUGAUGAAGAUUUAAAUGAAUUAGUGAAAGUAUUAGAAAAAUCUUUAGGAUGUAAAAUAAUUAUUAAACAGGACAGACCCAACUAUAAAAUAAAUAUCAUAGGAAUAGGAUAUUUAAAUAAAAGUAAUAUUUAA